AGGGAAAAAAAAGAAAAAGAAAGAGGAAAAUAAUGGUCGUAUAAAAAACCAGAAAAAGAAAAAAAGAAAAAAAAAAAAUGUAGACAGAGACAGGUAAAACCCCACCUCACCCCACCCUCUCUGCUCAAAAGAAAGUCGAAAAUUCUUCUGCCUCUUCACCCAACUGUUCCUUCCUCGGGUUUUUUCUUCCUCUACGAUUAGGGUUUCAGAUUUUUUGCAUCUCUAGCUCUUUCUGUGCUGAUUCUAACUCUGCAAAUGAACUCGGUUUCUGGAGUUUUGGGGCUUUUUGAAUUUCUAGGGUUGUAGUUCUGUUGUGCAAGAGCUGCUUGGUUGAAACUGUUAUGGAUGCGGAUUAUAAAAUUUUUAAUAUUGGCUGCUAAGGAUGCGAAGAAGUUCUGAGCUCGGAAAGUUUUCGGAACAUACCUAGAAAUCCGAUAUCCGAUGCUUGAGUUAUUCUUAUGAACUUGGUUUUAAUACUACUAUUGUAGCAUGCCAGCAAAACCAAUCGUCUUUUUUAUUUAUUAUGAGAUGAAACUUUUAUCAAAAGUAUGGGUGCUACUUCUGCCGGUGUCAACCAGUGGAUUGUUAGUGUGGAUUACGGCUUGACACUCAAUUGACUAUGUUAGUGUGGAUUACGGCUUGACACUCAAUUGACUAUGUUAGUGUGGAUUACGGCUUGACACUCGAUAGACUAAUUAUUGCACUUCCAAAGGAGGUUGAAAGUUUAUCUGCAAUUGAUACAUUUUUGGACCACAGAUGGAUGAAGGGGCACAUCGCGAAAAUGGUAGACACAAAGGAGAACAAUAUAAAACAGCUCAGGGUCAGUGGUUGAUGCAUCAGCCAUCAAUGAAACAGAUAAUGGCAAUAAUGGCUGAAAGAGAUGCAGCUAUUCAGGAAAGAAAUUUGGCCCUUUCUGAGAAAAAGGCUGCCCUUGCUGAAAGGGACAUGGCAUUCCUGCAGCGAGAUGCUGCUAUUGCAGAGCGAAACAAUGCCGUGCUGGAACGUGAUAAUGCCAUUGCAACUCUUCAGUACCGGGAUAACUCUUUAGCCAAUGGCAACAUGUCUUCAUGUCCACCAGGAUGCCAAAUUUCACGAGGGGUAAAGCAUAUGCACCACCCACAGCAGCACAUGAAUCAUAUGCAACACAUGAAUGAAGCUUCUUACAGUACAAGGGAAAUGCACACAACUGAUUCCCUUCCAAUAUCACCUGAUGCAUCAGAGGCUGCAAAGUCCCGGCGGGCAAAACGAACAAAGGAGGCCAAGCCAAUAUCACCAAAUAAGAAGGCGUCAAAACCUCCAAGAAAGGUUAAGAGGGAGAAUGAGGACUUGAAUAAGAUGACAUUUAGCAAAUCACAUGAGUGGAAGGGUGGACAUGACAUGGUUGGUGCAGGUGAUGAUCUUAAUAAACAGUUGGUUGUCUCAAAGUCUGAUUGGAAGGGUCAGGACCUAGGGUUGAACCAAGUUGCAUAUGAUGAGUCCACCAUGCCAGCACCUGUAUGCUCCUGCACUGGAGUCCUAAGACAGUGCUACAAGUGGGGAAAUGGGGGUUGGCAGUCUUCAUGUUGCACAACCACCAUGUCAAUGUAUCCCCUCCCGGCAGUGCCCAACAAACGGCAUGCCCGAGUUGGUGGCCGGAAGAUGAGUGGAAGUGCUUUCAACAAACUGCUUAGCCGACUUGCUGCAGAAGGCCAUGAUCUUUCUAAUGCAGUUGAUCUCAAGGACCACUGGGCCAAACAUGGAACAAACCGCUAUAUCACAAUCAAGUAGACUAAGAAAUUUUAAGUUGGUUGGAAACCAGAAAGUUGAAGAAAGGGCACUUAACAAUCAGGUAUGCGGUCUCAAGUUCUCUUUAUAGCUGGGGUUUGGGGAAAUAAGGGUUUAACAAGAACCAAGCUGGACGUUAUUGGGGUUAGUCUUCCAGCCAAUUUACCUAGGAUUUCAUGCAAAUUAUAGCUCUCUCAGUCUCUGUUCUAUGUCUUGUUCACUCUCUCUCUCUUAUGUUAUCCACAUUUAAAAUGGCUUCAGCCUCGAAGGAAUGACGUAGGCCUGGUCUGUUUUGUCCUCAUUAUUUUUCCUUUUUCUUUUGAUUUCACAUAUCAAACUGGAUAAAAGAUUGAUCCUCAAUCGGGCAACUGAGGAGGAGGUUUUCUCCAAAAAUACUAAUGGGGCAUAAAAUGGUAUGGUUGUUUAUCUCCUGGUGUUCAGAUAUUGGGUUUCCUUUUUGCAGUCCUUCCAAGAAAAAAAAAAAAAAAAAAAAAAAAAAAGGUUUGGGCCUCCGUUACGCUGUGUGUACUUGUAUGAACAGAAAUAUUAAAUUAUUAAUAGUUAAUACCAGAUAUUUAUGGUAGGUAUAAUAAAAACUCGAGACAAUAUCUUCUUUU